AUGAGCGAUGUCUCUCGACAGCCUUCCCUCUUCUACCACCUGGGUGUCCGCGAGAGCUUCGACAUGGCCAACAACGUGAUCCUCUACCACGACACCGACACGGACACCGCUCUCUCACUGAAAGAUAUGGUCUCCCUGAAAAACACAGCAUCCAGUGGAAACUAUUAUUUCAUCCCGUACAUCGUGACACCGGGUGCCGAUUAUUUUUGCUGUGAGAGCAAUGCCCAGAGGCGGGCUUCGGAGUACAUGCAGCCCAACUGGGACACGGUGCUGGGCCCAUUGUGUGUGCCCCUGGCGGACAGGUUCAUUAGCCUCCUCAAGGACAUCCACGUGACCUCAUGCACUUACUACAAAGAAACUUUAUUGAGUGACAUUCGGAAAGCCAGGGAGAAAUACCAAGGUGCAGAACUGGCAAAAGAGCUAGCUCGGAUCAAGCUCCGCAUGGACAACACUGAGGUGCUGACGUCAGACAUCGUCAUUAAUUUACUGCUGUCCUACCGCGACAUUCAGGACUACGACGCGAUGGUGAAGCUGGUGGAGGCCCUAGAGAUGCUGCCGACGUGUGACCUGGCCGAUCAGCACAAUAUCAAGUUCCACUAUGCAUUUGCCCUGAAUAGGAGGAAUAGUGGGGGUGACCGGGAGAAGGCCCUUCAGGUCAUGCUCCAGGUGCUGCAGAGCUGUGACCACCCAGCCCCGGACAUGUUCUGCCUGUGCGGGAGGAUCUACAAGGACAUCUUUCUGGAUUCUGACUGUACGGACGACUCCAGCCGAGACAGCGCCAUUGCGUGGUAUCGCAAAGGAUUUGAGCUACAGUCAUCUCUCUAUUCAGGAAUCAACCUCGCAAUUUUGCUGCUAGUUGCUGGGCAACAAUUUGAAACAUCCAUGGAACUAAGGAAAAUAGGUGUCCGGCUGAACAGCUUGUUGGGAAGAAAGGGGAGCUUGGAGAAAAUGAGCAAUUACUGGGAUGUGGGGCAGUUCUUCAUCGUGAGCAUGUUGGCCAGUGAUGCCGGGAAGGCUGUCCAGGCAGCAGAGAAAUUGUUCAAACUGAAGCCUCCUGUCUGGUACCUGCGAUCCUUAGUUCAGAACUUCUUAUUAAUUCAGCGCUUCAAGAAAGCCAUUGCUGAACAUUCACCGAGGCAAGAACGGCUUAACUUCUGGCUAGACAUCAUUUUUGAGGCAACCAAUGAAGUUACCAGUGGACUCCGAUUUCCAGUUCUGGUGAUAGAGCCAACCAAAGUCUACCAGCCUUCUUAUGUCUCCAUAAACAACGAAGCGGAGGAGAGGACGGUGUCCUUGUGGCAUGUCUCACCCACGGAAAUGAAGCAAAUCCAUGAGUGGAAUUUUACAGUCUCUUCCAUUAGGGCAAUAAGCAUAUCCAAGUUUGAUGAGCGGUGCUGCUUUCUUUACGUCCACGAUAAUUCUGAUGACUUUCAAAUCUACUUUUCCACUGAAGAGCAGUGUAAUAGGUUUUGCUCUUUGGUCAAAGAGAUGAUAACCAACAUGGUGGGCACUACGAUGGAGCUGGAAGGAGAGGCUGAUGGAGACACCUUAGAGUAUGAGUAUGACCACGAUGCCAAAGGAGACAGAGUUGUAUUGGGGAAGGGCACCUACGGUGUCGUGUAUGCCGGAAGAGAUUUGAGCAAUCAAGUGCGAAUCGCCAUCAAAGAAAUCCCCGAGAGAGACAGCAGGUACUCACAGCCCCUGCACGAGGAGAUCGCCCUGCACAAGUACCUCAAGCACCGCAAUAUUGUGCAGUACCUCGGCUCCGUCUCGGAGAACGGCUACAUUAAGAUCUUUAUGGAGCAAGUGCCCGGAGGCAGCCUUUCAGUUCUUUUGCAAUCAAAAUGGGGGCCAAUGAAGGAGCCCACGAUCAAGUUUUACACCAAGCAGAUCCUGGAAGGCCUUAAGUAUCUCCACGAAAACCAAAUCGUACACAGAGACAUAAAGGGUGAUAACGUCCUGGUCAAUACCUACAGUGGAGUGGUGAAAAUUUCGGAUUUUGGAACUUCGAAGCGUCUGGCAGGUGUGAACCCAAGCACGGAAACUUUUGCUGGCACGCUGCAGUACAUGGCACCCGAGAUUAUCGAUCAAGGACCUCGCGGGUACGGUGCCCCGGCUGAUAUCUGGUCCCUGGGCUGCACCAUCAUCGAGAUGGCAACUAGCAAGCCCCCAUUCCAUGAGCUUGGCGACCCGCAGGCAGCCAUGUUCAAGGUGGGGAUGUUUAAGAUCCACCCAGAGAUUCCAGAAGCCCUUUCAGCCGAAGCCAGAGCCUUCAUCUUAGCCUGCUUUGAGCCUGAUCCCCACAAGCGGGUCACGGCUGCCAACCUGCUCAGAGAAGGUUUCUUAAGGCAGCCGAGCAAGUGCAAGAAGAACCGGAUUGCUUUCAAGCCCGCAGAUGGGAUCCGGGCCGACACCCUGACCCUGCCCACCCUGGGGGAGCUGGCAGGGGGCGGCGGUGGCAGCAGCAGUGAACACAGCUCGAUAUCCCCUGACUCCGACGCCCAGCCUGAUGCUUUCUUUGAGAAGGGUCGGGCCCUGGCCUCUGAGGGGCUACCCAGGCACCACCUCAGUCACCUCCUCAAUGUCCCGGAUGACAGCACCCUGUUGUCCCCGGAGGACAGGGACCCGGGCCUCUUCCUGCUGCGCAAGGACAGCGAGCGCCGGGCCAUCCUGUACAAAAUCCUGUGGGAGGAGCAGAGCCAGUUGGCUGCCAACCUGCAGGAGUGUGUGGCCCAGAGUUCAGAAGGCUUGCCCCUCUCUGUGGACCACCUCCUGCUGAUCAUCGGGAUCUUGCGUGACUUCAUACGCUCCCCGGAGCACAGGGUGAUGGCCUCAAGGAUAGCAAAGCUGAAAAUGGGCCUGGAUUUUGACAACUCCUCCAUCAACCAGAUUCAGCUGGUACUGUUUGGAUUUCAGGAUGCUGUACAUAAAAUUUUGAGGAACCACGUACUUAGGCCCCACUGGAUGUUUGCGAUGGACAGCAUCCUCCGCCGAGCUGUGCAGGCCGCAGUCACCACGCUCACUCCGGAGCUAUGGGCACACUUCGACCCUGCCUGUGCUGUGGACGGGGCCCAUAAGGAUGCAGAGAUGGAUGAGGACCACCCCCUGGAGGAGCCACUCGGAGGCAGCGGGGCUGCUCACUACGCCGGCAGCAGCCCCAGCUCAGCAGCCUUCCAGGAGUUGCAGCCCCACCAGCGCCUCACUGUGAAGCUGGGCAAGCUCCACCAGGAGACGACACGACUUCUGGAACAUCUUAUUCAGAGGGAGCAAGAGUACCAGAGUCUCCUGCGGCAAACUCUUCACCAGAAAACUCAAGAAUUGGAUCACCUUCACUUACAGUUCAAAUUGAACGGGCUUGCCGAGAACCCAAUAUGCCAUAUUGGGUUUGCAAGGCAGAAAACCGAUCAAGAACUGGUGGAGUGGUUAAAACUGCAAGGAGCGGAUGGUGAGACGAUUAAAAAGUUUGCUGAAGAGGGCUAUACACUCUCCGAUAUUCUGAAUGAUAUCACUAAGGACGAUCUAAGAUGCCUGAAACUCCGUGGCGGGCUGCUCUGCCGGAUCUGGACUGCAGUCUGCCACACCAGAGCCCAGGCUGCCUCCCAGCCCCAGCUGCAGGCGGGAUCAUAG